GUGGCUUUACCCAUAUUGAAAGUUAAUUCCUCCUCCAGCCCAACCAUGAAGCUAUUAUUUGCCACCCUUCUCCUUUGCGGAUUCGCGCUGGCCAGUCCAGCCCCGAAACAAGAUCGCUGCACGAACGCCGUCUUUCUCGGAGAUUCCAUAACCGACGCGUUCGACAACGGAAACGGGGCCCCCGUCUGGCAACAGUUUUACGCUCCGAUUGGCGCCAUCAACACGGGCGUCGGAGGCGACAGGACGACCACGAUUAUUGACCGGAUUAACAAUCAGGGCAUCAUCGAUGGGCUCGGGGCUCACGUUGCCGUCCUAAAAAUCGGGACGAACGAUCUCUCCGGAGGCGUUCCGGAGACCACGGUGGCCCAAAAUAUUGGCCAGAUCCUCAACCUGAUUAAGGACAAGAAUCGCGGCGUCAAAAUCCUCCUGCUCGGAAUCCUGCCGAGAAACGGGGUCGACAUUCAUAACAGGAUUAGAAACGUGAACGCCAUCAUUCGAGGUUACGCGGAUAAUUUGAGCGUCUUCUAUCUCGAUAUGGAAGCCCAGUUUCAAGGCGAUGCGAUCGGAACGGUGCCAACGGAUUUGUUUUAUGAUGGGUUACAUCUUACUCUGAGGGGUUAUGAGGUCUGGGCGGAGACGAUGAAUACCCAAUUCUUCAAUUUGGUGAAUAACCCAAUUUGUCCGUAAAUAAUUAAAUAUGGAAUUAAAUAUGGGAUGUAAAUAAAAUACGGAGAUUUGUAUUCGAAAGUAA